ACCAGCAUCUUUUUUGUUUUGAUGAGAAAAGAGGACAAGAAUUUAACAGAUUUGUUGGAAAAAGACUCCCAAAAUACACUCUAAAAGACACCCAAAUAAACGACCAUGGGAUUACACACUGUAAAAUACGUCUAGAAGAUAACAAGGAGCGACAAACACAAGAAUACCUGGUUUAACUCGUAUGCUUCUGGUUGCUAAGUAGACGAAGUGUAUUCGCGUUGGCGGUAAAUUUGGUUCAAUCGUUUGGUAAAUUCAACGAAACCUUUUACUUUUGCUUGGAAGUUUUACUGGGCAAAAACGAUGGACGCUUAAAUAUAACUCAAGAAAUCAUCUCCAAGAUCAACGAUGAGAAGUGUACUACAACCAGACCUAUCAGUUACUGGAAAUGCUAGCUCAAGACAUGAGCGCCCACCUAGUGGGUUCCAGCGCAGACAUUUAGGGGCCGAGAAGGCAGGAAGCACUAAGUCCCAUAUAUUUGGGGUGUCUGAGACACCCAGGCAGGACAGUCCAUAUGUGGCUCCAGGAAAGAGUCCCACUGUAUCUAAUGGUUCAUCCUAUUACAGUACUCCUGAGGCCCCAAGGGAUUAUGAACAGCAAGCUCAGAUACACAAGAUUUCAAAGGGUCCCACAGCUUUCUCUCGGAAACCUUGCAGAUGACAACAACAAGGUUGCGCAGCCCUUGAGUCCUGAGCCACCUCAUUACCACACACCUGAUACAGCCAACAGCAAUGUCAGUUGGGGAACACCAGUGCAUACAAAGCCUUUUGGAGUUGGAGGAAACUCAAAACCAAGAGAGCCAAGGUUUCCGGAGGAGAGACAAAGGAAUGUUCCUGAGAAAAUGUCCCAAGCACCAGUAUCUAAGAGACCUGCAGGGAUGCCAGCCCUUGAUCUGCAGGGUUCACAAGAUGAUGAACAUGCCUUCAGGGCUGCCAGGGAUGGCUAUAACGUUGUUGGGCAGCAAGCAAGCGAUCCAUUUAGUGGGACUCAGAAACCAUGGAACACAGAACCUAAAAAUGAACAUCAAUACAUGAAACAAAGAGCUAGAGAUGAACAGGAAAAACUCUACUCUAAUAAGAAAAAGGAUUAUGUUGUGGAGACAGUUCUGGUGGAUCAGCUAUCUAGAGCUGCUAUCUCAGACCCAGAGGCUGUUGGUCCUGAACAAUAUGCUAUUAACCUUGGACCUAAAGAACGGAAAAAGAAGGAGUUUUACAACACAAGGGCCAUCCAAUCACCAGGGAAGUCAGAGAAUCUUCUUGCUAAAAGAGUACGCUUUGGUGCAAGGCUUUUGACCAAGAAUGGCCAUGACAUUCAUAGAGAGUUGAACGGCUUUUAUUUCCUGGCUGAUAACACUUUGACUGUGUAUGAAUUCAGACAGUUUGGAACCAGGUCAUCAGCUCUACCUUUUAUCCAGAGGGGAACAUAUGCACACAUUUAUGGACAGAAAAAAGGACAGCCUUAUAACCUACGAGAUAUUGCUGUGGGUAGUACUCUCUCAUUCCACACAUCCAGUCAGAAUCCCUUGCCCCAAAGUGUUAAUAUGAAGCCAGUCAUGUCACUGAGGAUCACAGAAGUGGAUGAAGAAUCCAAGAAACGCUUGAUAUAUGAGGGUUGUCGAUCUAUAGAUGAGCAAAGAAGAAUUAGUGAUAAACUUAAUCAGCCUCCAUCGAAGCAAGAGAUAAGAGAGAGACAAAUGUUAGAAAGUGUACAAGGAGAAGUAAAGAAGCAGCUUAAAGCUAGAGCAGUCAAGACCUUGAUGGGAUUGGGAAAACAUUUUAGACAACUUGACCAAUCAGGAGAUGGCAUGCUGGACAAACAAGAAUUGCUGGCGGCAUUAAAAACUUACCGCAUACAGAUACCCCAACAGGUUUUUGAGAAUUUAUGGCAUUUACUUGAUGUGAAUGGUGAUGGGGCACUAGAUUAUGGUGAAUUUGUAAGAGGCUUUAUUGGUGAAAUGAAUGAAUCUAGGAAGGCUUUUGUCAGGAAGGUAUUUCACAGGCUGGAUCCAAACAAAUCUGGUGUGGUUGAAUUGAACACCAUCAAGAAAUUUUUCACUGCCAAGAACCAUCCCAGAGUUGUAUCUGGUGAAUUGAAAGAAACCGAGGUUGCUUCUGCUUUCCUUGAUUCUUUCACCAACUGCGAACACAAGGGAGAAGUAACAUAUGCAGAGUUUGAAGACUAUUAUGAAGGUGUUAGCAUAGUGAUGGACAGUGAUAAGGAGUUCAUAGCCAUGAUGAAAAACUGCUGGGGAUGUUGAAAACUUAAUAUCCAUAAUUUAUUUCAAAAUGAGAGGCUUUUAAAAUAUGAAAUUCUCUGCAGGAACUCCCACCACGGUUGUUUCCAAUUUAACUACGGGCUACUUUUUCUGUUAUAUGAAAAAAUUAUCAUUAAUCUAUAUAUUAUUUAUCAUUAAAUAGCAGCUGGCAGCUGUUUGAAGCAUUGGCAUCGUAGACCUUUUCUAGGAUGCCCAACAUAGUGCAUUGCGGUCUAGCUUCGGUACCAACAUCUUUUGUUCAUCAUGCCAUGGUGUUGUUUGUACCCAAUCUAGACCACAAUGCAUCCUGUUUAUCAAACUUUGAAAAGUCAUAUACUGUUAACUCUUUUAAGAAAUUCUUUUAUCACUUCAGUGAAACAGCUGCAAUCGUUGUCCUAUUUCACAGUGGUUAUGACAUGAUAUGAAAAUCAAUCUUUCACGAGACUGAGGAACAAAACUGCAAAAAAAUAAAAUAAAAAAUAAUAAUUUGUAGAGUGAAGUCAUUAAACCCGUGAAAUAGAUAUUAGACAAAGGCCUAGGGCAAACGUCAAACUUUCCAUGCACUGAA